GCUUUUCUAACCCAAACGCGGGUCAGCUGACGUGAUAUCAGCUUCAUAAAGGCAUUGUGUGAAAUUAAUGGAUUUGCAAACUGAGAACCUGCCCUAGCAUGAUGGCGGAUGAGUGUGUCCGUGGGGCAGACCGCAACAUUUCUAUUGCAUCGAGACAUCAGGAAGAGAAGAAGCAAAUUCACUGAAAACAAUUUCUGGAGCUCUGUUUCUAGAGGAGAGAGAGAGAGCGAGCGAGAGAGAGAGAGAGGGAAAAAAAUGCCCCGGAAAGACCCGCUCGUUUCGUCAUUUUGAGACCCGAAGGGGAGGAUUUCUUCAUUCCCAGAAAAUUUCUCCGCAUGACCCGCAUCAUUUUGGGAGGAAACAAAGUGGCGCGCGCGUCUUUCCUCAUUCACAAAUGAUACAAUGUAACGGGCGCUUUGAUCGCAAUCAUCCGGAGCUCGUGUUUGUGCGCGCGAUCUUCCUCUUGUUUGGCUGAACUCAGGAGAGAGAGAGAGAUAUAGAAGAGAGCGGUGACUCCUCGAGCUCUGCACCACAAGUUUCCUUUGCUCUUGCUGAGCAGUCGUGGAGUCAUGAGUUGUCAGGAGGUUCCUAACCCCAGCCAGGAGCCGAAGGACACAGCGGUGGUCCCGACUGAGGCAGGAGCCACGCAAGCGGUCCCGACAACCUCCCCGAAGCUUCCCUCGGUCUCCGUGAAGACCGAGGUGGCGUCCACCGCCGAGUCUGUGGCCAGUAACGGCAAAGCGAGUGACGGGAACAUACCGGCUGAGAUCUGUGUGGUUUUGGGGAGCUCUCGUAACUCGCAAACACAAGGCUCUUAUAUCUGUGGAGUAUGUGGCAAAAAGUACAAAUACUACAACUGCUUUCAGACGCAUGUGCGAGCUCACUCAGAGGCCGAGGGUACGGCUUCAGGAGAAGGAGGAGCAUCUCUGGGAAUCAAUAGUUCUUUCCGUUAUACGUGUGACGUGUGUGGGAAAAAAUACAAGUACUACAGCUGUUUUCAGGAGCACCGAGACCUCCAUGCUGUUGAUGAUCCAUAUGACCAUGUGAUACCUGUAGAAGACCUAAAAGAGGAGACUGAAACAUACCAGAAAAUGGGACCAAAAACCGGAAGUUACACGUGUGAGUAUUGUGGGAAACAGUACAAAUACUUCAACCCCUAUCAGGAGCAUGUGGCUCUUCACGCUCCAAUGAAAGGAACUUUUGGCCUUAAAAUGGAAGGGAAAAUGUCAAGCCAGUCCGGCCAGUCCAGUCGCGCCGACAUCAACAACUCCCAGAACUCCAGUGAUACUCCAAACAGCCGGACCUAUGCUUCCCUCCCCAGCCCUCAGAAAACCUACACGUGUGGAGCCUGUGGAAUUCAGUUCCAGUUCUACAACAACCUCCUGGAGCACAUGCAGUCCCAUGCUGAAGAAAAGAAAAGAAUAAGUUUGGAACGACACGAGGCUGAUAAUGAGAACCAUGUUAAAGAUGAUUCUCCGAAGCCUUCCCAAGCGCCUGUGGCCACACAGGAGCAGAUGUGGAAAUCUCCUCCUCAGCCGGCACAACAGAGGAACCACGUACCACCGUCUUUUCAGAACAGAUUACUCCCAGAAAAGGAGAGACAACAAGUGGCUGAACGUCUACUGAGAGUAAUGUGCGUAGACCUUGGCCUUCUUGGCGUACUCAGCAGCAAAGACUUCCUAAAACUUGCACAGACCCUGGUGGACACGGGUUCACGCAAUGGGGCAUACUCCAUCCGCGAAGCCCUGGGAGAUAUGAGCUCGCUGGCAUUAAAACAGCUCCCCCGUAUGUACAAUCAGGUCAAAGUGAAAGUCACCUGUGCCCUGGGUUCCAACUCGUCCUUGGGCAUUGCAGUGACCUGCCAUUCUCAGACUAUCGGACCAGACUCCUGCUAUUUGCUCACAGCGUAUCAAGUAGAGGGCGUGCGACUCCGACGCUAUGUGCUGGGACUCAAGGAGGCCUCUUUAAGGGAAAGUCCUGAGCAGAUACACCACUGGGUCCAGAAUGUUCUGUCGGAGUUUGUCAUGUCAGAAAUCCGUACGGUCUACGUGACCGAGCCGCGCUUGUCUUCGCUGGCCUUUUGCGGUCGCACCGGAGUCGGCCUCCGCUGCGCGGGUUGCUCUCUAACAGCCACGGUUCAGGCUGUCCUCGGUCGUCGCAGCCUGCAAGCACGAGGGCUCCAUGAACUCGGUGAGCUCCUGGCCACGUGUCGCGACAUCGCUGCAACGACCAGCUUCAGCAAUGAAGGGAAAGCUGGGGAAGAGUCUACUGCUCCGCCCUGUUGGGAUUCAGUCGCGGAGGCUUUGCUCAAGGUUCACGAGAACUUCGAGGCCACUUGCGAAGCGUACGGCCGUUCCAAGAGCACAGUGCCACUAUUGCAAGGCCUGAAUAAGCACCUUCUUGGCACGCUCGCGUGUUUGCUCGCGCCGCUAAGGCAGGCGGCGCAGGAGCUGAGUGUGGAACGCUCCCCAACGAUCCAACACGUCCUUCCCGUCUACCUCCGUCUUGAAAAACUCUUCACCUCAAAAGCCGGCGAAGUGGGUGCUGGCAGUAAGCUUUGCCACUACUUCCUAGAAGCCCUGAAGGAGAACUUCAAGGUGGAACGGAUCCAUCAGGUUGCAAUGAUCCUGGAUCCGCAGCUCAAGCUGAGGCCAGUCCCCGCGUACCAGCACGAGGAUAUUAUCUCAAGGGUGUGUGACAUGGCUGCUAAUAUGAGGGAAGCGGGAGCCGCUGGUUCUGGAGGUACGUCUGUGGACGAGCGGGAUAGCGAAGGGCCGCCGGCACCCAAGCGUGGCCGCCUGGACUGUGGAUUAGAGAGGCCGUCGUGCGACGCUGAAGAGCCACAGGUACGAAAAGAGUUGUUCCAGUACCUCGGCGAGCCACUGUUCGGUGACACGGGAGACCUGCUGCAGUACUGGAGUUCGGUCAUGGACAGAUACCCCAGGCUGUCGCGGUUAGCGCUGUGGUUGUUGGCUGUACCGGCUGUAGCUGUGCAUGGGGAGUGCGUGAGCAUCUGCGAGCAGACCUUAGCCAUGAAGAAAAAGCAGCAGGUCUCCGCGGAGGAGAUGAACAAGCUGGUCUUCCUCAAGAGUAAUUUUGCUUGAGACGGCUCAGGGCUUAAUGGCACCAUAGACUGUUUGUUUGAAACGGAGACUUUUUGAAGCAGAUGCACCCCUUCCGAACAUCUUGAUUUACCGUAAGUGUCCGUAAAUGUGGCACAUGAUAGAGAUUUACAAAGGAAAGGUACAUUGACAGCUAAUUCUCAGUCCAUAGCUUGGCCUUGGCGAGGACGACAGAGCAACUCGAUGAAAAUACAGUCUACCGGUGGACGCGGACGUGAACUCGUGUUUUCGAUGUUUCGGUUUAAAUUUGUGACGUUUUUAACAGUAUGUGGUUCGUCCAUCCUUUUCUUUCUGAAAUUCAGCUUCAACUUUCCAUCUAGAGAAGGAAAAAACGGGGUACUUAGAAAAAGCCAUUUUAUUUUCGACUACGCCUUUAUGAAAACCACAAACACUCUUUGCUGUGACAGCUGAACAAUACCUCUCUUUAGCGGUUUAUCGGUGGGCAGGUCAAGCUGUAGAGGUGCAAGUCUUGUCUUAGGCAGGCCCUGAUUCAAUAAUCUCAGUUAACCGGUUUGAGUGUGUUAAGCUCUUGUUCAGACUCAGGAGUUUCAGCUCAAAUUUAUACUUGGGUCACUCUUAAGUAAACUGUUUUGCAAUUAUUUAUUUUAAUUCUUUGUCAGUUCUCGCAAUAAAUGUUACGUAGCAGAAGUUACACUCUCAAGCUGACUUCGAUGCCUUGCACCUUUUGUAGCAACCUUUCCCCCCAUUACAGCUCACUGGGAUCUUUUCCUUCAACAAUACAACCUUGCAAUACCUGAAACGGCCACUUGAACCCCAAGAUUGGAUUUCCAAUGAUAUUGGGAUAUGGAAGUGUAUGGGAAUGAUCUGAUGUUGUGUAAAGUUCUGGUCCAGUUAUCUUUUUGUUUUCUUUUUCUGAAAAAGUGGGAAUAGGGCUAUGAAAUGCAGAAACUGUCUGUCACUGUCUCAGUAUUGACCUCGCUGAACAGAAGCGGCUGAUUGCAUUAUUGUUUGAAUGCAUUUGAAGAGGAUAAAGCUAAACAAGUAUUUCAUUAUUUAUGCACUGGAUUUCUCUUGUUUUCCUCAUUUAUCUUCAGCAGGUAAUUAGAUUAGAGAUAACAUGAACUACUAGAGAAAACUAUGCCUAGAUUAGGACCAAAGUAUAGUUUGUCAUUGUGAAUAUUUGCCAUUUCCAAACAAAUUUGUAGUUAUCUCAUACUGUUUCGCCCACUGCCUUUGAACAACUGUUUAUUUCAAUAUUGUUCUAGUCAACGAACAGAAGUAACAAUUUUCACUUCCAUGAUAAAAUAAACGAUCUUCAAGAGUA